UCGGGGUUAAGGGGUGGGGCUGACGUCAGGAGCCAAAAUGGCGGCGGUGGUCGCGGUCUCCUUGAGGCGCCGGUUCCCGGCCACAGCCCUUGGCGGAGUCUGCCUGCAGGCCUGCCGAGAGGCCCAGACAGCUGCAGCCACAGCCCCUCGAAUCAAAAAAUUUGCCAUUUACAGAUGGGACCCAGACAAGGCUGGAGAUAAACCGCGCAUGCAGACGUACGAAAUUGAUCUGAACAAAUGCGGUCCCAUGGUGUUAGACGCUUUAAUCAAGAUUAAGAAUGAAAUUGAUUCUACCUUGACCUUCCGAAGAUCAUGCAGAGAAGGCAUCUGUGGCUCUUGUGCCAUGAACAUCAACGGAGGCAACACUCUGGCGUGCACGCGGAGGAUCGACACCAACCUCGAUAAAGUCUCAAAAAUCUACCCUCUCCCGCAUAUGUACGUGAUCAAGGACCUCGUGCCCGACCUGAGCAACUUCUACGCACAGUACAAAUCGAUCGAGCCCUACUUGAAGAAGAAGGACGAGUCGCAGGGGGGCAAGCAGCAGUACCUGCAGUCCAUCGAGGAGCGGGAGAAGCUGGACGGCCUGUACGAGUGCAUCCUCUGUGCCUGCUGCAGCACCAGCUGCCCCAGCUACUGGUGGAACGGGGACAAGUACCUGGGGCCUGCCGUGCUCAUGCAGGCCUACCGCUGGAUGAUCGACUCCAGAGACGACUUCACAGAGGAGCGCCUGGCCAAGCUGCAGGACCCCUUCUCGCUGUACCGCUGCCACACCAUCAUGAACUGCACGAGGACCUGCCCCAAGGGCCUGAACCCAGGGAAAGCCAUUGCUGAAAUCAAGAAGAUGAUGGCCACCUACAAGGAGAAGCGAGCUUCGGCUUGACGCCUCCUCGGCUGAGGGCCCCUGAGCGGCUCGGGCCCAGCGUGAUUUAUGUCUGAUUGACUCCUCCGAAGGUGUUGAUUUUCCAUGAACACAGCACGUAUGGAAAUGUUAAGAUAAAUAAAUGCUUCUCUACUUUAUUAACAAAA